CACUGCUGCUACUACUGCUCACCGCCGGGAUUUGGGGGAAAGGUGCGGCCUGCGCAUGCGCUCACCCUCUAAAGAUGGCAGCCCCCGUGGAUUUGGAGUUGAAGAAGGCUUUUGCCGAAUUGCAGUCCAAGGUACUUGAUACACAACAGAAGGUGAAACUUGCAGAUUUGCAAAUUGAGCAAUUAAAUAGGACCAAGAAACAUGCACAUUUAACAGAUGCAGAAAUAUCUACAAUGCCAGAAGAAGCACGCAUGUAUGAAGGUGUUGGUAGAAUGUUUAUUCUUCAGCCAAAAGUUGUAAUUCACAAUCAGCUCCUUGAAAAACAGAAAAUCGCAGAGGAAAAGAUCAAAGAACUUGAGGAAGAAAGGAGACCUACAACUCAAGACCACUUACCCCAUCAUUGGAAAAUUGCUGGAAUCCAUAAUGAAGUGGGAACUCACCAUGACAUGAAGGUGCGAAGACCGCUUCAAGGAGGAAAUCUUCAAUUACAAGCUUGCACAUUUUGACUUGCCGACUGUAGU